AUGGAAGAGGACUCGGCGUCGAAUCCGCCUCGGGUCGACGGAGGACGUGUCGGAGACAAAGAUUCCAAGACAUUCCCGCUUUCGGCAUCCAACCGAGGUGUCGACAACCUCAACCGCAAAAUGCAGCCUCACCAUGACACCCUUCCCCUAAUACCACCGACCGCUGCAGGCCACCCGCAAGACGCCCCAGACGCGACACCGAACCAGACCCCAAUCGCACGCGACCGACCAGCAACCAUGGCCGUCGGCCCUGCUGCCCACACGUCCCAGCACCAGCACCAGGCAGCACCAUUUUACCCUCGCUCAACCUCCCCGACACACCCGCUCGCCGUCGACGACUAUCGCCAGCCUACCCUCCAGCGCAGCGACUCGCAAGAGAGCAGUUCCACAAACAUCACCGACCGCGUCUUUACCCCACCUGUGAACGGCAGAGGAGCGAGCCCUGGCACCGCCAGCGCCCACCAGUCAAGUCAAGGAUCGUCACAACUCCUCCAAUUGUCUCAGAUCGCCGCCGCCCAAGAGAGAAUACCCGAGACCGCGAUGGACCUAUACGUCAACGGUGCCUCGUCGCGGAAGAGGAUGGCCGAUGGUGCCGUCAAGGAGGCAUUACGCGACGGUCAGGUCCUCAUGUCGCCAGGCCAGACACAUAUGGGUGGCCACUCUCGAAACCCCAGUGCCGUCAGUAUCGCUUCCACGACGGGAAGCCGUGUUGGAGAGGUAUCCGCCGAACUCAAGGCGCGCUUGUCCUAUGCCAUGGUUAAGGUGAACCGUGGCUGGCAAACACACUCCAUCGACGAGGUUGAAGAUCUUGCCUCCAAGGCUGCGUCCCCCACCUCAAGUAACUCGACAAUACACCUCAGAAACGGGUCGUCAGCAAGCCCACAACUGUCUGGUGGGUCACAGCGUGCUAGCAACAACACAACCCCUGCCACGGCCUUUGCACAGCAACUACCAGGACGACAUGGAGAUCCCUACGGGCGAGAGCCCCCAUUGAUGCCUUCUCGUGGAAGCUCGACAUCCCCCGUCAAAAAUACUGCCCCAGGUCUGGCCCCUCCCGUGUCCAUCCAACCAUCCCUGCAUUCCGUUCACCCGCGGAGACACUCCAACCCGAGACUUACACCAUCCCUCCUCUCAGUCUCAUACCACGGCUCAUCAUAUCCGGAUCUUCUGAGCCCCGGCCAGUUACCGGGAUACGCCAACGCCGCACAGCAUCGACCAUCGCUAGUCGAUGCCAUGGGGUUCUCGCCGCACCAGAACAACGCUGAAAAGGAUGCCAUAGAAUCCCUGCUGUUCAUGAGCAGUCCUGGAAACUCGGCCAAUCUCAAACAUGCGUUCCCCUCAUCAUCGCAACCGCUCCCAAUUGGUCACUCGGGACCAUCACGCACAGCACUGCCUUCGGGCAGGAGAACAUUACCAAGCUCAAGGCCGAUGCACCACCAUCACGCUCGGUCGCAAUCCCAGGUCCAAAAACGUGUAGAAUUCGAGAAGCCCAUCACCGAGACGGAAGUUGACGAGCCACAAGGGACGCCCAGGGGGAAUGCCAGAAAGCGAAUCAACGGAGGACCCGGUGACGGCGCGCCUUCUCGGCUGAAGCACCUACCUGUCUCUGCAGGUCUCACGUUGUCAUCCAAACCGCCACGGCCCGUUUUGGCUGAUGCCGACAUUGACCGAAUGCUGGAGGCUGCGGCUGCGGCUGCAGAUUCCGAUUCGGAUGGCGAAAUAGAGCUCCCUGUACGCAAGGCGCGCCGGGACGGCGCUCAACCUGUUGUGGCUUAAGGCUGUUGAUUUUCUUUGUCAGCGGGGGUACUGCACCCGAACGAGUUGAGCACUCGGCAGACUUGCUCUCCGAGGGAUCACGGUUGUGUUUUUCAAUAUACGUUUCACUCAUGGGUAGGGAUGGCUUCAAGCCAUUGCAAGGCAGGGCUGCAUUUGGGCCGGAUCGGAGUUGGCGUUUUGGUACUGUGGGCUUCAGGCGGGUCAGCUACAAUAGCUAUGGGCAUCACGUUAAGCGAAGAAUGGGGCGCUCCUGACAUGAGCGUUCUCUGUCUUUUGACGCGAAUUUGACUUGCUAUUGGUUCUGUUAUGACAUGUCUUUCCUGCCACGGUUGUUUUGGCAAAUCGGGUUCAUACCGUGAGCAGAACUGUAUAUUAUUAUUGAUCAUGCCCAUGUUUUAUUUUCCGAGGUAGGUCAGUAUUGUAUAACUGCUCACCCCUACUCCCUAGUCCAUCAGAGACUCGAGCUAUGUGGUUUUGGGUUAGGGGUUCAGGCGAUCACCAAAUAUAUCAUGUUAUGUCGC